AUGGUAGACGGCGCCAUGGCCGUCCCGCUGUACGUGGACAGGUUGUCGUCGUUGUCGCUCAUAGGUGAUCCAAUCGACGACUCCGCCAGCCCGCUGCCCAGCAUCUUCUUGCGACGCUUGAUCAAGUUGUCUGUGGUGAAUAGCUCGCACUCGUCUCCUCUAUCGCUCUUGAGCUCGCCGUUCGUGUCUGCGUCCUCCGACGCCGUGUCUGUGGUCACGGUGGUCAAACUCGUAGCUCCAUUCUCCUUCAUGGUGGCUGACUCGAUACCGGGAUCUGGCGACUCGUCGAUGUUCUCUGCGUCAGACCCGUCCAUCUUGUCCAGCUCCUGGCUGAUCUUCUGUUUCUUGGCGUUCUCCUGCUCAAUGCUCUGCAUCAGCCGCUCAAAGUACUCGCCUCCCAACGUCUUGCUGCUCCUGCGUCUGUCUUCGCCAUUGGCUCCCACAACGUGCUUCGUCAAAUCAAGUCCUUCAAUAGGGAAUUCCACCAAUGCAUCGAUCUUGUCGCUGAAACUCUUUGUGUUCUCAAACCGUUUCAAGUGGAUUGUCAGAAUGUCAGGAACAGACCAGAUCUCAAUUUUCUUGGUAGCUUGUCGGUGCUUCUUGCAGUUCGGACAGUACCACAGAUCGUUCUCUCCCAAAAUCUCAGAUUUCGAGAACAACUCCAAACAGCUAUCCAGACUGAUGUUCUUCUUUCUGGUCUGUGCCAUUUGUCUUCUAGUUUCCUCAAUUUCCAAAUUCCGAAUGGGUUCAGGCUUGGACCAUGUCUCCUUACCUCCCAUGUCGUCCUGUUCGAUUCCAGUAAAAAAGAUAUCAAACGAUUGCGGAUUCCAUUCACAAACCAGGGCGUUCUUCUCAACUAGAAGCGGUUUAACUAUGUCAUCGAUCUCUUCUUCAGCAUCCACUUGCAUAUCUCCGCUUGCAUCGUCAAGUAAAGAAGCCAAUGGGGGAACAUCUUCAACAAUCUCUCCGUCUCCAUUCUCAGGGCCAGCUUCAGAAUUGGCUUCGCUUUCACCAUUCUUUCCUGGAAGAGCAAGCUCCAUCGCCUUUGGCUUCGAGUCUGGUAACAAAUCAGGCAGUCCUUUGAAAUUAUUGUGGGUGCGUGGAAUCCAGAGACAAUCGUCCUCCUCUUCGUCGGACGCAUACUUGGAAUAUCCAUACAUUCCCCCCGCAUACCGGUGA